CAAAUAAAAGUUUAACGAAAUCUCUCUCUCUCUCUCUCUCUCUCUCUCUCUCUCUCUCUCUCUCUCGCGCGACGAAGGUUUAACAAUGGCGGAAUCAAAUCAGAUCUCUCGGAAGAGAAUGCGAUUCUCGUCUCCAUCAGCUACAGAGAUCCUCACUCUAAGAAAAUCACAGAAUCAACGAAUCGCAACCGCCGCUCGCGUCCAUCAAUCACCAUCACUCUAUGGAAAAAACGAUUCGAAAACCAUACGUACGUAUCCACGAGUCACCAUCAAGGAUAUUCGUCUCCGACGCAUCUUCUCUCCAACUCCGAUCUCCACCGACUGCGAAUGUAACGGCAAAGGUGAAAAUCAAACCAAGAGACAAUAUCAUGAGUGUCCUUGCGAUUGUGGCAAUUCUAACGGUAAUGUAGAAGGAGAUGAUUUUCCGCAAACGACGCCACCGGAUUCCGAAUUGUUAACUAGUGUACCUAUCCGUGAAGAUAUCAAUGGAUCAGCAGUGAAGAAACGUGAUACUAAUUUAUGUAGCAAAUCUGUUCUUCAUCCAUGUUCUCGAGCUAAGAUAUUCAAGAACCCUGGUUCUUUCAGCUAUAAGAGACUGCUUCCAUACUUAAAGCAAGCUGCAGAUGAUGGAACAUCAUCAAGCCGGUGCUUAAAGCCUUUAGGCCAGAAUUCUCUAAGUUUGUCUUGUAACAAAGAAACUGGGGAAACUGUUGAAGAUCUAAGGGAGGAAGUAAGUGAAUUGAUGACAGCCAAGUGUCAGCUUCCUGAAACCACCAAACCCGUUUCGCAGUCUGUGGACAGGGUUUUCGAUAAAGAUUCAGCCGGAAGCUUAAGUGGAAACACCAGCCCUUUGAAGAGGGUUAACGCAUCCGUCCCCAACAAGAGAGCUGCAUGCUCUAAGCGCAAGCUAUUUAAGACACCAGGUUCUGUUAAUUACAGAAGAAUGCUUCCUUAUCUCAAAGAUAUUCAAGAGGAUAAUCCUUGCGUGCCUCAAACAAUUGAUCAUCAAAAGAACACAGAAGAGGUUACUCCAUCAUCGAUGUUAAUCUCUGAGAGUGAAGGGACACAGGAAGUGGCGACAUCAAAUGUUACUAGAGAAUCAGAUACAUACUCUAAUGAAAAAGAUCCCCUUUCUUGUGAACGUCUAUCUGUAUACCCAGAACAGUCUGAUCCUGACAAGGAACAAGAAGCACAAAUUAAGCAUGUCAUCUCAAAUACUGAAAAUAAUUUGGGAACUGAGAUCCCAUUAUCUUCUCCUCUUUUUGGUUCAAGAAGUUCAAGUGAAGUUGCUUCAUCUGCAUUGCACAACACAUUUGUGGACAAUUUGGUGGGCGAAGAAAACAUGAACGGUGCAGAGAUAACAGAAGCAAAAACCAGUGUAGAGCUAGAUGCAAAUACUUCAGAUGCAACAGCUGAACUGAUUGACCCUUCUGUUAUAUUGGCAACUCCUCCCUCCAUUUCUCCCUCGAAAGGAAUUCUGAAAAGAAGUAUGAGAGGAUGUAGAGGGAUAUGCUCUUGUUUGAACUGCUCCUCCUUCCGUCUAAACGCAGAAAGAGCAUUUGAAUUCUCAAGAAAUCAGUUACAAGAUACUGAAGUAAUGGUUCUGGAUCUAGUUGGAGAAAUAUCUCAUCUCAGGGAUAUGUUGGAGAAAUAUAAUUCAGCAGAUCACAGUGAAUCCUACAAAAGUCAGGCUGGAGAAGCUGCAAAGAGAGCUUGUGAGGCUGCAGAGCUUGCAAAAAGCCGUCUCCAUCAGAUGAGCGAUGAUUAUCAAGUUCAUUGCAGAAUCCCCAACGAACAACGAGCAAGAGUGAAAUUUGCUCAUUACGUACACGAGAAGACGAUGAACCUACCAAAUUGAUCACUAGAUCACCCUGAAGCAACUAGGAUGGAUACUUUUUGAUGUCAUUAUCUGUCUCCAGAUUAUCCAGUUUCAUGCUUUUUUAAUUUUGAAAAGUGAAAAGGUAUUACUAGCUGUCUUUUUCUUUUGUCACCACCAUCUUAAGCAGAGUAGCAGCAUAUAGAUCAAAUUGCCUUUAUACAUAUAGUCCAUGUGACCAUAUUUAUUACACUUUUUUUCCUCUUUUCAAGAAAACAUCUUGUUCUAU